AUGAUGUAUAUUGAUCAAAUGAAAAACAUUGAUAUGAAUUGUCAAUUAUCAACAAUUAGUAUUUUACCUUCAUCUUUAUCUGAGACCCAAUUCAUAUCUGAAAAUGCUGAUAAUAAUGAUAAUAAUCAAGUAUCGACUUGUUCAAAAUUAAUGGAGAAUAAUGAAGAUAUUGCAACCAAUGUAUCCAUUCAAAGUAACGAUGUCAAUACGAACGCCAGUGAUAUUUGCAAGUCUACAAUUCACUUGGAUAAAAACAUGACAAUAGCUGAUUCUAAAAAUCUAUCAUCUGAUCGCCAUCAAUUUAUCGAAGAGAUUAGACGCCGAGAAUUUGGUGUCGGUGUUGAAUUAAGUGAAGAAGCAACUGAUCUAAUUCAGAGAGUUGAAGGAAAAUUAUCACGUAGUCUUGUACAAUUAUCUGAAGAACUCUAUGGUCUACCUGGACAUUUUCUUCUAGAACUAAUACAAAAUGCUGAUGAUAAUACCUAUGGGAUAAAUGAUGUUCCUACAUUACAACUUCAAUUAUCCACCAUUUCUAGAAUUAAUAAUGAGUGUAAUAGUAAUACUAAUGAUCAAAAAUUCUCUUUACUUGUUAUGAAUAAUGAAUCUGUUGGAUUUACUGAACAUGAUAUGUCUGCAUUAUGUGAUAUUGGUCAAAGUACUAAAGUGACUCAACGUGAUGCAAAAAUAGGACGUAAGGGAAUCGGUUUCAAAUCAGUCUUCAAUAUUACAGAUACACCGGAAGUUCAUUCUAACGGUUUUCAUGUUCGCUUUCAUCGACAAUCGAAAUGUACAAAGUACACUUCACAAACUCCGCCAUCAUUAAUACUCAUACCUGAAUGGUGUGAUAAUGAGCAAUUGAUGAGAUCUCAAAAUCAUUCUAAUGAAAUACCAUCAUGGUGUAAAACUUUAUUUAUUCUUCCGUUGAAUUCUGAAACAUUAAUUAAUCGUUCAACAAGAGUAGUUCAAUCACCCGCUCUCUAUAUUACUCAGCUCGUUCAAACAACACUGCAUCCUAGCUUAAUGCUAUUUCUUAGACGUUUACAGUGUCUUCGAUUCUCCUUUAUGGAAUCAAAUAUUUAUUGGAGUGUAAAACGUACCAUAAAAACAUUAUCAUCAUCUAUAUCAGGAAAAACUCAAUAUAUUACUGAAAUGAUAACAGUUCAUGAAACUCAAUGUAAUCUAUCAUCAGAUGGUGAAACCAAUACAAUAUAUAAAUGGUUUUGUUUUAAAGAAAUAAUUCCUGUUGACUAUAAAGAGCCGAAUAAAAAUCUUCCAUCACAGACAGAAAUAUCAUUGGCUAUUUCAUUGAAUGAUUCAGAUAAUCUACAACCAUGUCCUAUAUUUUCUUAUUUACCAAUACGUAGUGUUGGGUUCCGAUUUUUUAUAAAUGCUGAUUUCGAUUUAACUUCUUCACGUGAAGACGUUGAUUCAACAAGUGCUUGGAAUCGUUGGCUUGUAGGCAAAAUACCAAAUAUCUUUUCUGAUAUGAUUGAAUGUAUUGGAAAGUUGCCAGAAUCAUGUUUUACAGUUGACUUGGAUUCAUCUCAGUCAAAUGACAAUUUGGGAUAUACACGCAUUGAAUUGAUUGGGCGUAUUAUCUCUUGUCUUCCAUAUAAUUUAUCAUUUUCACCAUCAACGGCAGCCGGUUGUUUGACAAACCGUUCCAUCACAUCGUCAUCAUCAUCAAUCUCCACAACGAUAACAAAUGACAAUGUGUUCUUCGGCUUACCAAAUCAAUUACGCGCUAAAUUAUCAAAUCUUGCCUGGUUACCAGGUAUUCAACGUACAGUUGAUUGUUUGCCGAACAUUGAUUCGUGUAAAUACGUGAUUGCAUCAAGGUUAUUAGUUGUUCCGACAUUAUUAUCCUCAACGUCAUCUUCAUCAAUGUUGAUUGAGAAAGAAUUUAGCCAUUCUUCCGAAGAGACAAACUCUGUUGCCUCAUCCAAUAAUAGUGAACUGAUUCUCUUACAUCUUUUGAUCGAUUAUCUACAAAUAUAUGAACCACAUCCAGAACUGCUAGUCUUUUCAUCGCAUCAUAGACGUUUAUCAAUGAAACCAGUUGAAGCAGAUGAUACUGUGAAAGAUAUGACCAAUGAUAAUGAGAUUAUUGAUAAAUAUCAAUCUACAGAUUAUUUAAUAGAUCGCAUUAGAAUAGAUGCAUUGCAUUGGUUGGGUGCUCAAACAAUUUCUGUUGAAUCUCUUUUAAAUUUAGCUACAAAUUUAAAACCUGAGGAUAUCAAUCGUCCUGGUUUACUUUCAGUACUCAUGUCUAGUUUUGAUGCUUGUUUAACUACAUACAAUACACCUACUUCUAAAUGGUCAUCACAAAUAUCAUUAUCAUCUAAACCGUCAAGUGCGGUAUCUAGACGUCGUCUUCUAACAGCUCUACAACAUUUGCCUAUUUUUCCAUUAACUGAUGGACAAUGUAUUCGUUUAAGUGAUAAACAGAAACAUGUUUGGUCUAAUGAUAUCCAUCCAGUUGUUUUAUUACCUCCGUGUCCAUCAGAAAUCGCUUCCAUGUUGAUUGGAAUCACAUAUGAUGAUUAUAUUCAAUUAAUAGAGAAAUUAGGACCAUUAAUUAAACCAGAUGCUUUUCAAUCUAAUCAAAUUAAUUAUCAUAAAGAUUAUUCCACUUUAUUAACUGAUCAGUCACCAAUUGGAUUAGGUUUACAAAUAGCUUAUCCUUCUAUUGUUUUAACAAAAUGGAUUAUUCCUUAUUUAAAGCUAAAACAAUCUAAUGAUAAUUUUAUGAAUGUAUCAAUGAUACAAAUGAAUUGGUAUAUAACUGUAGCACAAUUUUAUACUUCAAUUCAUUUCAAUAAAAGUUAUUGUUAUCAAAUAGAAAAUAUUAAUGAAUUUUCAACUGUUCUACCAAUUGUUGUUUCAAAUAAAUUUGGAGAAAAUUCUAUUCUACCAGCAUUAUGUGAUUAUUAUGAAAAUGGAUUACAACUGAAUAUGGAUAGAAAUUUUAUGGAACAAUUAGAAGUUGAUUUAUUCACAUUUUUAAUUGAACAAAUAAAUGAUUCUGAUUGUAUGUAUACUGUGUCACCAAAAUAUUUUCAAGGUUUUUCAACGAAUCCACAACAAGCUUCUCGAUGGUAUGAUCUAUUUUCAAAAGCUGGUGUGUGCACUUUAUUGUCCGUUCACAAAAUCAAAUAUUUUUAUCAAGUAUCUGGUACAACUUUAACAUCAGUAAAAACUUCUAAACAUGAUGUUACAUCACCAAGUAUAUUAAAAGAUGCAAUAUCUUUACCAAUAAAUCAUCGUUUACAAAAGUCAAUCACUGAAGCAUUAAACAAACAAGGUCUAACAUUGUCAAUCAUGAAUACACCAUUAAGUAACAAUAGUACUAUAUAUUUGAUUGAAGAUUAUACUUCACCUGGUAUUGAUCUACUUCUAACCUGUAUUGCACGACUUCAAGGUAAAUUAAUGGGAAAAGAAAUGGCUGAACGUUUAAGCUGUCUACUACAUGAUAAUUGGUCUUCAUAUAGUCCAGUUCAAUCUGCAUUAUUCACUCGUAUAAAAACUCAAAAUGAUUCAUUGGAUAAAUUGGAUUCAAGCACAAAUGAUGGAUUACCUACUACUACUAUUACUACUAAUGAUACAUUACAUUAUUUAGAUUAUUCAUCUUGGUUAUAUAAACUACGUGAAACUGCUUGGUUACCAAUUGAAUCAACUAUAUUAACUACAUCAUCCUAUCAACUUAUGUGUCCUAUUGAUUCACGAAUGAUUUAUUCUCCUUCAGCAUUUUAUCAAAUACAAUUACAAAAUAUUCAAUUAUUUAAACUUCUUAAAGAUACUUGUUAUAUUUGGUCACCUGGAUCAUAUAUUCUUAGUAAUCCAUUGAAUAGUCAAUUUACAAAAUCUAUUGGUCUUAUUAAUCAACCUGAUCGUUCAACAUUUGAAGCUUUAAUGAAGUGUUUAGGUGAAAAAGUUAGAGACAAUUCUAUUGAUUCUGUACACCUAACACCAGAUCUUAUGUUAUUUAUAUAUCGUACUGCUGUACAAUAUUAUCUUCAUGAUGUCGUUGGUGAUUAUUCACGGACAAUUGAUUCAAGUACGGAGCAUUCAUUAAUUGAUUGGCUUCGGUCGGUAUUUGCAAAUCCUACCUAUCCAUGUAUUUUAGUUCAAUGUCCAAAUACGAUGAUAACACGAAAACCUAUACAUAAGCGUCCACGUAGUGAUACUACUACUGUCAAUACUGAUAAUGUUGAUCUCUAUGAAAGCAACGUUUAUAAAUGUCCUGUUUGCGAGGCGAUGUCGAAAUCAUCAACUUCAAUGAAAACAGUACCAGGAAAACGACGUCAGCGGUCAAAUGUUGAUAUAGACAUUAGUGGUGGUAGCAGUGAUGAAGUAGACCAGUCUACACCUGCAUAUCAUUUGGUUGAUAUUGAUGUUGUUUGUUGGGAAUCUGUUGUUAUUGACAAUCAUUUACUGAACUCGAAAUAUUUAAAUGAUAACUGUAGCAGUGAUCUAGGAAAUAACAAUUCUGUGCAUAACACAGAAGAUGAGGAAGAAGAUACUGUUGAAUAUUUCAAUGAUCAAUAUAUACUGGUCAACUGUACUAUGUCUGAUCGGAACGAACAACCACUCAUUCCUGUAAAAACUAUAAAUCGACCACGUGUAUUUGUUUUAUCGAAAUGUUAUGGUUCAGAAUCUCGUCAAUUUUUCAUUGAAAAACUUGGUUUACCAUCUACUUCAACAAUUGAUGAAAUUCUCGCUUUACGUCCAAAUCUACCAAUAAUGAAUCAUAAUAAUAAUGAUAAUACAGAUUAUAGAACAUAUUCAAUAUAUAAUAAAUCAUUAUAUGAAUUUAAUAAAAAAUUAUCACAUUGGUAUUCAUUAUUAGAUUAUUGUUUAUAUGAAGAAUAUUUCACUGAAUAUCGAUUACAUAAUAGAACUGAAAUCAAUAUUUAUCAAAAUAAUAAAUCAAUAAAUGAUAAUAAACAAAAAACGAACCAAACUAUCAAUAAUUUUGUAAAUAUUGAUAUUGAAUUGAAUAAAAGUACUCAAUUAAAUUAUAUUAAACAAUUUCCAAUUAUAUUAGAUUCAUUUGGACAAUGGCAUAAACCAUGUGAUAUUGUUACACUGACCUCCACUUCGACGAAUGAUGUUGAGGAUGAUAACAAUGAUGAUACUACUAAUCAUCAAAGUAAUAAACUUUAUUUAUUUGCCUGGUCUAAACCUAUACAUGCUCGUUUAAUUCAUGAAAUGAAUUGGAAACAAUGGAAUGCUAGUAAAAAUAAUGUCGAUGGAAAUAAUGUUUCAUUCGAUCCAAUCUUUCGUAUAAUGGCGCAUAGUUUAAAUUGUCUAAAUGCAAGAUAUACUGGAAGUAGUUUAAAAAUGUCUCCAUUUUCAACAAAAUCAGUAUUGACUUCUACUUCUUUUCUGUUGGAUCAGCUUACAUCAUCAUCAGUACAGUAUUAUUGUCGUGAAGGAACUGUACAUGGCCUACUUCUUGAUUUGUUCAGUCUACCGCUCAUUGAUCAUGUCAGUGAAUUAUCCAUCAAACAUCAUUAUCAUCAUCAAGUUAAUCCUAUUAAUUAUUCUAAUCCAAAUACCAGUUUUAAAACUGAUUCCUUUAUGAUACCAUGUCGUGCAUUGGAUAUGUUUUUAAAGGGUUUAAUGCGUUUAAUUCUAUUAUGGUGGUGUUCAACCAUUCAUUCUUCAUCAAAUACUAUCACUUAUCAUACUAAUACAUCAGAAAAUUCAAUCGAUGAAACUAUAGUGAAUGGAAUUUUGGAAUCAAAAGAGAUUAAUGCUUUUCUGGUUGAUCAUCUACAUAUUGCUUUAUCAUUUAACAAUACUUCAUUAUAUUCAAAAAUCUUAUCUAAUACUCGUAUAGAUCUAUCAAAACGUUUUAUUGGUUGUUUAUUAAAUGGAAAAUUAUUUCUUGACAGCACUUUAGGUGCUAAUAUAUUUGCUAAUUUAUCACAAAUACAACCAGAUCAUGGUACACAACUAAUUUAUCUUCUUUUGGGUUCUAUGAAUGAUCCAUUAUUGAAACAUUCUAUUGGUUUUGAUUCUAUUGAUCAUUCAUUGUUAUCUCAAAUUAUUGAUUUUAUCUGUCCAUAUGGUGGACUCAAAAAGAUUAGUUUAACGCAAUUCAUUCAAGGUUUCAUUAAUUUAGCUUUAUCAAUUCAAACCGAUAUAACAGUUUUUAUAAAUCAACCACAUUUAAAUUCAACUUUUCUAAGUCAAUUAGAGAAUUAUCUUGUAUCACAUGGUGUAAAACAACGUAAAGCUAAACAUGAAUUACAUUUGUUAUGCCCUCCAUUACUACCGCCGUCGUCAACAUUAACGUCAAAAGUAGUGGAAUGUUAUCAAAAUAAUCAAACUACUGAUUCAUCUGUUAGUAGUAUUAGUACUAAUAGUGAUGAUAACAUAGUAUUAACUAGUCAAAGUAUUAAUAACAAUCAACCGUUGAUUUCAGUGAAUUCUUUCGAGGUAAUACCUUCGAAAUCAUCAACAUUUACUACUACUACUAAUAGACAAAGUACACGAUAUGAUACAACACUUAGUGCUAUGCAAGCCAUUAGUACUGGUACCACUCCAUUUAUUCGUCUUUCUAAAGAAACAUGUCAAUCAAUUGAUCAAAUUCAUGAUAAAACAACAUUUUGGUUCAAUGAUGAGAAUACUGUUAUUCCAGAAAAUUUAAAAACUCGUUUAAAUCGUAUGCUUGUAAAUACUACUGACAAAUCUACUAAUAUUGGUCGUAUAGGUGAAUUAUAUAUUUAUCAUACAUUCAUUGAUUAUAUUCAUCGUAUACAAAUUCAUCAUAAUAAUUUUGAUGAAAUGACUAGUUGUGAAUUUCCUACUGGGCAUCCUUUACUUGGUAUUGGACGAUUAAUUCGAUGUAAUUGGUGUAAUUCCGAUGUGGAAUCAAUGAAACCAUAUGACUUUGAGGUAGAUGUUCAAGUUGAAUGUGAUGCGAACAAGUGGGACAACUUAAUUGAAAACUUAAAGGAUGAAAUAAAUAACAAUAUUGUUCGAAUUAUUCGUAGACCUUCACAACAACAAGAUAGUACAUCAUCUGAAACAUCAGGUUUGCUAUCUGUUGGUCCUAUAUUCAUUGAAGUUAAAUCAACAAUGGAUUCGACUAAUCUACAUAGUAAUAAUAGUGAAACGAAUUUAAAUUCUGGAACUGAUCUUUUUGAAUUUUCAUUACCGGAAAUUUUGUGUGCUUCACAACAAGGUUGGCGUUAUCAUUUACUACGUGUAAUAUGGAAAAAUGAUUACAGUCAAGAUUUCUGCCAAAUGCGUAUCGCUUCUGCUCCGACAGUUAUUCACAUUCCAGAUUUGUCAAAUGUACUCAGACAGAAAUCAGUGAAUAUACGUUUAUGCUUAGCUUUGUUACGAAGUGAAUGGAUAAAAUGA